GGUAUUAUGAGCUAUGCAGCCCUGUCGAAAUUUUCGUUGAGUAUCGAAUUUUCAGUCGAAAAGAUUUUUGUUUUCGAUGCUGUAGCGUAGUGUGAGAAAAUUGGUGAUAAUGUAAGUAUUUUGCGUUUGUUUUUUAUUUUUUUGGCGACUAAACAGUAAUUUUAAACAAUGUUUACCAAACAACAACUGGAAAUGCUGGUUUCAAUGAUGGAACAAAAUCGUCAGUUUGCAAAAGGGAUUUGCUCAAAGUUUAAUGCGGCACAAAAAUGGGAAGAAUUUACGCAGGAACUCAAUUGUUUAGGACCACCUAUACCAACGACGACAAAAUGGAUUAAGGUGUGGGCUGACAUGAAGUCCAAAACUACAAAGAAAGCAGCGCAAAUCAAAGCUGAAUACCGAGCAACAUGUGGAGGACCGAACAGGCUACAAGCAUAUACAAAUAUUGAGGAGGCCAUAAUUGGCUUGCUUGAGCUUGACGCCUGUGUGAAUCCACCGGGAGCAGAAUUCGGCCUGGAUAUAACUGCUGAUGACCAACGCCUGAAAACCUGCAACCAAUAGACAAUUUAGGAUUGAGCGAUGAGGACCACAAUUAUGCAGUUCCGGAAAAUACAGCACGCAAACCAAGAGCAAAAAAGUGCAACAAGACAGAGAGGCUGAAGUUGCUGGAAUCGCAGACCUAUGCCCAGAAAAGGUUCUAUGAGGAGAUGAUUACAAAUAUAAAGGACAUUAAAAAAGUGCUUUAGAAACUGAAAAGUACACGAGAAAAAUGUAUUACUUAAAAAAAUACACACCAAAAGACCUUUUACAAUUGAAAAAAGAAAAA